GUAUACGUUGGUGAGCUUCCUCAAGAUUUUCUUCGCAUUACCCCAACACAGCAGCAACAGCAAAUCCAGCUGGAUGCCCAGGCAGCUCAGCAGCUACAGUAUGGAGGACCAAUGGGUACAGUAGGCAGACUGAGCAUUACUGUAGUACAGGCAAAAUUGGCAAAGAACUAUGGAAUGACCCGCAUGGAUCCAUAUUGUCGAAUACGGCUGGGGUAUGCUGUGUAUGAAACUCCAACAGCACAUAAUGGAGCCAAGAACCCCCGCUGGAACAAAGUUAUUCAAUGCACUGUGCCCCCGGGUGUGGACUCUUUUUAUCUGGAGAUAUUUGAUGAGCGGGCCUUUUCAAUGGAUGACCGCAUCGCUUGGACACACAUUACAAUUCCUGAGUCUCUGAAACAAGGAAACGUGGAGGAUGAAUGGUAUAGCCUGAGCGGAAGGCAGGGUGAUGACAAAGAAGGAAUGAUUAAUCUGGUUAUGUCGUAUACGUCUUUGCCAGCUGCCAUGAUGAUGCAGCCCCAGCCAGUGGUCCUCAUGCCCACUGUAUAUCAGCAAGGAGUUGGAUAUGUGCCUAUAGCAGGGAUGCCUGCAGUCUGUAAUCCAGGCAUGGUACCAGUGGCAAUACCACCUCCUGCGGUCAACCCUCAGCACCUGUGUAAUGAAGAGGACCUGAAAUCUAUCCAGGACAUGUUUCCCAACAUGGACAGGGAAGUAAUCCGCUCAGUGCUAGAAGCUCAAAGGGGAAACAAGGAUGCAGCUAUCAACUCCUUGCUUCAGAUGGCUGAAGAAUCAUAGAUCCCUACUUCCUGCAUAGUCCCCGUCCUUGAUGCCACUUAUUUUUACUUGCCAAGCCAGGGAUUUAGCUAGAGGAAGAGUUUCCCAACAGCUUUCUGUUAGCGCAUUCUGUGUGAAAGAAUAUACCCCUCUUCUCCUUGGACAUUUGGAUCUUUUUCACUUUCUU